AGAGACAGACAGAGACAGAGAGACAGACAGAAAGAGAGACAGACACACAGAGAGAGACAUGCAUUCAAAUGUUUUAAAUUCAAAACAGUGAACAGUGACUAAUUUUAACCCACCACUGUCCAUUGACCAUCUAAAUAUCCUUUGAACAAAAUUACUGUAUUGUUUUUUGUUUAUCUAUUUAGAUGCAUACUUUGUAAUUAUAAUACAGAUAUUGCAGCAUAUGUUCCUGUGCAUUUUUUUAAAAAAGAGUAUCUCAUAGGUAAACCUGUUCUGGAACUCAUUGGAUAGCCAGAGAUGGUCUCAAACUUCUGAGGUAGUUCCUCUUGUGCAGGUGCUUUUGCAUGGAAGGAUGCUCUUUUCCUGGUAGAAGAUGAUAACCCUGGAGAAUGACCAUGGAGAAGGGGAUGAGCUCUGGAGAAGGACCGCCUUCCAGAUCGCCUCAGGCUUCUGCUGCUAAAGUAACGGUCAAGGAAUCAGAAAUAAGGCAGCCUUGUGAGGAGAAACGAGGGGGCUUCGUGCUAGUGCAUGCAGGUGCAGGUUAUCAUUCUGAAUCCAAAGCCAAGGAAUAUAAACAUGUAUGCAAACGAGCUUGUCAGAAGGCAAUUGAGAAGCUACAGGCUGGUGCUCUUGCUACAGAUGCAGUGACUGCUGCUCUGGUGGAACUUGAGGACUCUCCCUUUACAAAUGCUGGAAUGGGAUCUAAUCUAAAUCUCUUAGGAGAAAUUGAGUGUGAUGCCAGCAUAAUGGAUGGAAAAUCCUUAAAUUUUGGAGCAGUUGGAGCAUUAAGUGGAAUCAAGAAUCCAGUCUCAGUUGCAAACAGACUCUUGUGUGAAGGGCAGAAGGGCAAGCUCUCUGCAGGCAGAAUUCCUCCCUGCUUUUUAGUUGGAGAAGGAGCCUACAGAUGGGCAGUGGAUCAUGGAAUACCCUCUUGCCCUCCUAGCAUCAUGACCACAAGAUUUAGCCUUGCUGCAUUUAAAAGGAACAAGAGGAAACUAGAACUGGCAGAAAAGGUGGAAACAGACUUCAUUCAGCUAAAGAAAAGAAGACAAUCAAGUGCAAAGGAAAAUGACUCAGGCACUUUGGACACAGUGGGUGCUGUGGUCGUCGAUCAUGAAGGGAAUGUUGCUGCUGCUGUCUCCAGUGGAGGCUUGGCCUUGAAACAUCCAGGGAGAGUUGGGCAGGCUGCUCUUUAUGGAUGUGGCUGCUGGGCUGAAAAUACUGGAGCUCAUAACCCCUACUCCACAGCUGAUGUGGAGAGCAUCUUGUGCGCACCAUACUGGCUAGAGAAUGUUCACACGCUUUACAAGCUGAAGAUGCUCACCAAGCUCUGUUGGAGACUAUGCAAAACAAGUUUAUCAGAUUGUAGAAGAGUUAUCACUGGACCCGACUGCACGGUUCUGGAUGAACGCUUUAUGGACCCAUUGCUGAGGAAGACUCUAUCAGGUUCACCUUUCCUUGCCAGUGAAGAUGGUGUGCUUGGUGGAGUGAUUGUUCUCCGGUCCUGCAGAUGUUCUUCAGAGUCUGACUCCUCCCCAAAUAAGCAGACACUUCUGGAUUGCAGCAUCCAGAUGUGUAGUCUUGAGUCUAGCCAAGAAGGUCUAGCUUCAUACCUGUGGGAUGAAUCCUCCUCUCUCCCAUCUAUCAAGACUGUGGAAUUUCUGUGGAGCCAUACAACAGAGAGCAUGUGCGUGGGAUAUAUGUCAGCCCAGGAUGGAAAAGCCAAGACUCACAUUUCAAGACUCCCUCCUGGUGCUGUGGCAGGACAGUCAGUUGCAAUCGAAGGUGGAGUUUGUCGCCUAGAGAGCCCAGUCAACUGACUCCAGGCUGAAUUUGAAGUGUCUGAGAGGCAUUUCAAAACCUGUGCUUUGGGCUAUUUAAUGGAAAUGGGGUGUUUUAUCUUUGUUUUGUAAUUCCUAUUGCAACCUCGGGCACUGCUUGGGACACAAAGUGCUGCUAUACUUAGUGCUGGUUGACACGAGUCUUUGAUGGAUGAGCAGGAGCAUGUGUGGGUGUGUAUCCGUGUGCAGUUUGUGUGAUUGCUUCUCCCUGAUGGCUAGGAUCUCCUCAAGUGUAACCUAUGACAGACACUGAUCAGAUCUUUACAAAAAUGUGUGCUUUAACUGUUUACAAGUAAAGCCUAAAUUUGUGGAAAACUUCAUUUCAUAAAAAGGUAUCAACUAUGGUGAAGAGUGAAUCUACUUGUUUAAAUGACUUGACCUUCAUUUCAGUCCAUUUAAUAACGGUAAUCAGUAAUAUGGUGUCAGUUUAAGUGGAUGGUGUGGUAACUUAAACUGUUGUUUUCAUCCCUCAUACAGGGCAUUUUUCCUUGAACAAAGAAUGGUUUCAGUGAAACAGUCUAGUGGAGAAUUAAGGUCCGAACCUUUAAAGUAAUAGUCUUAUUGAUAAAGUUUGUACUUUCCUCAGCUGUUUGAAGCUUAAGUGUUGCAUAGCUUUGCGCCGUGUGUACUGUAUUAUGAAAGAAUAUGUAAAGAGAGUGUUUAGUAAUGCACAGUCUUAAUGUGUGUAUAAUGGAAUGUUAUUUACAUUGGAACACUGUAAAUAAGAAAGCAAAGUUUAUGGGGAAAUUCAAUAUUAUCUUUGUUUCUUGUUUAAAUAUAUUUUUAAGAUAAAGGUACAAAAAUAAAAGAAGCAUAUUACUGGC